CGGUACGCCGAAAUAAGUCGGUAUCAAAAUAUUCCGUUCCAAUAGAAACCGAAACAGGGUCCGAAACGAUAUUCAUAACAUUGAUUAUACGAAUACGCGUCCGCCGGUUAAAAUCAGAAACCUAAAAUCAAAAACUUACCUAACCUAAAAUCAAAAACCACCUAAAGAAAAAAACAUCAUUAACGACAACACCUUACGCCUCCGUCUGAAACCUUAUCAUCAAGCACAUAGGCGCGACGGGGCAACGACGCCUCUGUUCAUUUCUUUCUUUUCUUUUCAUUUUUUUUUUCCUUUUGAGGUUUUUUGGUGUACAUAAUGCAAAUUUGUUUUGGUUUUAAGAACAAUUUUUUUUUUUUUUUUUUUUUAAGCACAAACUUCAUGCCGACCAAAUCUUGAAUUUCGACCGGUAUUUACCGAAAUGUCCCGAAACACUUGAAAUAGAUUGAAAUGACCCGAAAUUUUUUCAAAGUAGAAUAGGGUAGGUUAUUGUUCCGGUUUGUCCAGGAACACCCUGGACAAAAUUCCUGGAGUCGCCACUGGAAGUGCGCGAUUGUCUAUUUGGUAUUGGUGUUUACUCUUUAUACAAAACUUUACUAAUUGUUCCAUGUGACUUGAUGAUAAUUAGUGAGAAAACAAAUGCUACCAGACUUCAAUCAAGCAUCUCAUGUGCAUCUUUCUCUAUCUCAAUUUGUUUUGCACUGUCAUUAUUUUCUAACCAAAUUUGAUGUUGUCCAAACGAUGGAGCUUCAACAUUGGCAGCAUCCGUUGGUCUUUAAUGAAGACGAGAGAAGGGGACGUACUUGUUAUGGGUGCAGGAACCAGUAUUUGGUCCUAGUUACAAUUGUAAAGAAUGCAGAGGGUGGUACGUUCAUCAUAAAUCAUGUGCGGAACUACCCCUUGGGUUGCACCAUCCCUUACAUUCAAAUCAUCCUCUUAUUCUCUUUCACAUGUUUACACAUGGUGAAGAAUAUGACAAAUUUAGCAAUUGUGACGUCUGCGGAGAAAAGUGUAGUGAAUACAGUUAUUGUUGUUACUGUUGCAACUUCAACAUUCACAUCAGAUGUUCUUCUUUAGCACUCACCAUCCAAACUGAAGUCCAUGACCACCAAUUGACUCGCACUUGGAAGCUGUUGAAGUUCACUUGUGACUUCUGUGGCAAAGAAGGCAAUCUGCCCUACCUUUGUGCCCAAUGCGAUUUCGGUAUACAUUCACUCCGUGCUGCUUGUCCUCGCAGACUGAAAGUUUUCCGUCACAACCACCCUCUCCACCUCAUACCUUCUCUUCAAGUCCAUCAAUCCGACUCUCCAAUUUGUCUACUCUGUGUUCGAAAAGUGGAUACACUCUGCCUUUACUAUUGCUCAAGUUGUGAUUUUGCUGCCCACCUCUAUUGUGCCAUGCUCCCCAGAAACAGGGAAUACAGCACCAAGUCAAAACCUGAAGAUCUAGAGCCCCAUGAAUCCUUUGACUCAGAAAUUUGCAAAGUCAUAAAAACCACUGUGGGGGAGGACGGAACUGAAAUAGCCACAGAAAUCAAACACUUUAGUCACAAGCAUGAUUUGAAGCUUACUGAUGAGAUUCCGAAUAACACAAAAUGCAAUGGCUCAUUCAUGACAGUUCUGCAUUUGAGAGAAAAAGAGGAAUCACAAGAACAAGUUUAAGGGCGUCUUGGUAACAAAAAUGGACCAAUGCAUUGGGUGAACUUCUGAAGGUAUGUCUAGAGAUUAGAUGUGGACAUGGUUGGGCUCUAGUCAGGAAUUUAUAUUUACUUGGUGGCAUAAGAACACAAAGAGUGUUAACUAAGUUUUGCCUAGUGGAACAAAAUAUAGAAAUUAAAUAAAAGGAUUUAUCAAAUACAGCUAAUAUUUUUUCCUUCAAAACUCUAAGCAUUUUCCAUUUCUUAGAUCCCAUAAGUGGAUAUCAUAUUCAAUAUAGGAUUUAUAAUUAUCAGUUAACUAAGCAUUUGUAAUUAUCGUUAAUAGUUUUUGGUAUAUCUCUUGUGUACUUUCCAAAUCCCAUGUACAUGGGUUCCACACCCCUGCUUUUUAAUGAAUUAUUUACUUUAAAAAAAGGAUUUGAACAGGAAAAUCACAUGAUGUCCAUGGACAUUCGCUGAUUGUGUUUUUUGGCUUUUAAGAUUCUGUUUUCGUUCUAUUUUAACCUAUCCAUAGGGUCUCUUGCCAGUUGAGAGGAGCUUUACAUUUAUAGAACAAAAUGAUUUUGUUUCUAAGGUACUUGACCUUUUUUCUAUCACAGGGAUAGUGUUCUAGCAUGUGGAAAUGAGGUAUUUGAUAAUGGGAAGUGUUAAUGACAAUAACAAUGAUAGAACUAAUAAUGUUAACAGUGAAGUCUAGAAAAUCUUGUGGAAAGUUAAAAUUUCUGCAAAGUUUCACUUUUUAUGUGGAAAAUACUGAAUGAUGCUAUACCAGUUAAGGCAGUCUUAUUAGAUAGAAAGCUUGGCUGUGAUGCUAUUUGUAAACUCAGACUUCAUAACAGAAGGUAGGCCCAUCAAGGAUUGACAACUUAUUUUAAUCCCAGAUGGAAUUUGGAAGAGAGAUACCAAAUGGGGUGGCAUGCUUUUGUUGCAAGGUCUAGAGAAGGAAGAAGACUCUUUAUUGGAUGUUUUAACAUACAUGCUUCAACAGGAAGGUGGCCAGAUCUAAUACUACAUGAAAAGCAAAUUUUCAAAACUCAAAAAUGGCACUAGAUUUACAAAUAAUGACUCUUGAUAUAGGUCCAUUACUAGAAGAUUUGGAAAAUGGCUCUCAAUAAAGAUUAAGGAUUUAGUUUGGGAAUUAAGUUUCUAUAAUUUCUACAUGUAUUUAUACCACUCCUUUCUCUACUAGAGUAUUUGAGGUUAAAGUAUUCUUAGAAUCUGUGAUAAAACCAUGCGGCAUCUCAUGUUCUGUAAAUUUAUUUGUGAGUUGGGUAUGUUACUUAUUAACAUUUAGCUUGGUACUUUGAAAGAUAUUAUGAUUUCCUAUCCUAAUCCCUGUAGGUUGUGUCUUUCAAGUGUGAUACAUCUUCUAAAUUAUUUUUUAUUGUUUUUACUCUCUGUUUGAUACUCAGCUAAUCACCGUAUAAUGUACCUAUUUAGAGGUAUUCUCUUCUUCUUAUGCUUCUUUAGUUCUAUUCUUAUUGUUAAAUUGUGAUUUAUCAUUUCUUGGUAUGUUAUUUAAUUAAUUUCAAAAUGGGAAUGGAGUUUUAGAACAUUCUUGUUUUUCUACCUUUCUCUUUAUCAGUUGUUCAAUAUGUUUCACUUAGUUUAGUAAUGCAUCUUGUAUUCUACACCAUCUAUCUGUACUAAGGCAAAAAAAUGCAGCAAAUUAAUUAUGGCCAAUAAAAAUUGAUGAUUAUUUCCCGUAAGCUUUACUAUUUUUCCUUCUACCUGUAGUUGACUAAGCAAAAUUUAUGGAAAUUUACUGCCAUUAAUAAGCUUGUCCAAUGCUUGCUAGAAGGUAUGCAGACAGGGAAAUGCUUAUUGGAUUGCCUUUUUCACUAGUCGCCCAGUCUUGAAGCAAUAUGUCCGAAUUCUGAGUGGAUAUUAUUUGGUAUGACAUCAGUGUCACUCUACCUUGAUGGUUAUGUUGAAUCAGAAUAAAUAGGGAAUGGCUAUUUCCUCCAUUCCUCUACACUUGAUUUUCUGGAUGCAAAUGACCUAGCAUCUUGUGCUGCCAUCCUGGAAAUUCCUAGUAAUAUAUUCUUGGCAUUUGGUCAAAAAAUUUAUUUACUUUAUAUUCCAAGAACUCUGCAAGUUACCCAAAGAUGUGUUCUAUGCAAAGAGAGGAAAAUGUUUUCUGGUCAUCAAUAGGGUGGAGUUUUCUCAUCAUUUAUUUGGGUUAUAAACAUAAAUGAAGGAAAUUUCAUUAUGUUGAAAAUAUGUAGCAUGACAACUUGAAUAUUUGGCUGGAAAGAGUUCUGAUGGUGCCAACUCUAUCAGCCUGGAAGAUGCUUUAGGGAUUGCACAGCACCAUGAUGCCAUCAUCACUGGCAAUGCUAAACAACAUACAACCAAUGACUAUGUAAAACACAUGGCUUUUGGAGCCUCUAAGGUAGGCAGCUAAUCUUCAUCUGAAUUUGACAUUCUGAGUCUUGUUUUAUAUUCUUUGCACCAUUGUUAUUGUAUGAUACAACUCUGUAAGCUAUCAUUUAAAAUGCAACAAAUUUUCAUAGGCAGAAGCUGUUGUUAAUACUACCCUUUCAUGCUUCACUAAUAAGACAUCAAGAGAUCAAUGUGGUUCUAUGAACCUAUUAUGGUCUUGUGUAAACUAUCCUUGUAAGCUAUCCUUGCAAAGUUAUCCUGUAAGAGAUCAAUACAUUUCUGUUAGCUAUCCUUGCAAAGUUAGCUUCAUAUGGUUCUAUGAACCUAUAUGGUCUUGUGUAAACAAUGAGGCAAGUAAAUGAUCUUAUCUUCUUUUCUGUUAUUCUUUGUUCUUGCUAUUCUUCAUUGCUUAGUACUAAAAACAAAAUAAAAGCUGAGAGAUAGAUAAAAAAAAAAAAAUUAAGUGGGAAGUAGGCAUCCCAACUUCUCACUUAUUGUGCAAUACAGCCAAUCAAAUCAUUUGCAUGAUUUUUUGAAUUGUACAACUAAGUCAGCAUUUGAAAGCCUCCAAAUUGCGCAUACAAAUCUAACAACUUCAGUUUAGGGUUUUUUUUU